AUGUCCAUAGCUUCUACUGUUGGUAAACCUCUAGCAGUAGACAAAGCUACCCAAGAUCGAACGCGACCAAGUACGGCGAGGGUAAAAGUGUUGCUCGACCUGUUGGACAAACAUCCCAAGAAGGUUAGGAUUCAGAUUGGUGAUCCUAAAUCUAGGAAACUAGUGGAAUUUCAUCAAGAGGUUAGAUAUGAUAAUCUUCCAAAGUACUGUACUUGUUGUAAACACCAGGGGCAUAAUGAAAAAUCUUGUCGUUGGAGGAUCGAGAAUAAUCAGGGAGAUGUCGAAGUCGUGGAGAAAGGGAAG